CUGAAAAUAGAAGGUUAUGUUAAAGAAUCAUAUGCGCGAUCAGUAAUUUCUGUCAGUUGGUGAUUUUCUCUUUGUUAUCAACAUUGGGCUUGCCCUCUUUAUCGCAAGUCUGAUUAUUUUCUUGCAUUUGAAUGAUAUCAAUUAAAAUUAACCUUAUAGAAAAUUCAAUUUGUGAUUUGACAAUAAUAUUGUAUAUAUAAAUAUGGAUGAUGAUGAUCAAUUUCAAUCAGGUUAUGAUGUUGAUUCAUUUCCAAAAGAUUUUGGAUAUGCUCCCUUUGAUGGAGAAGCAGAGGCAUCUACGGAAGCUGUAGCAGGAGAACAAAAACCUAGAAUACUUUUAAUGGGUCUUAGAAGAAGUGGAAAGUCAUCGAUACAAAAAGUAGUUUUUCACAAAAUGUCCCCAAACGAAACAUUAUUCUUGGAAAGUACAAACAAAGUAAUCAAAGAUGAUAUUAGUAAUUCUAGCUUUGUUCAAUUUCAAAUUUGGGAUUUUCCUGGACAAAUAGAUUUCUUUGAUCCUACUUUUGAUAGCGAUAUGAUAUUUGGUGGUUGUGGUGCAUUAGUCUUUGUAAUAGAUGCACAGGAUGAUUAUAUGGAAGCUUUGAAUAAACUUCAUUUGACUGUUACUAAAGCAUAUAAGGUUAAUCAAGCUAUUAAAUUUGAAGUUUUCAUUCAUAAAGUUGAUGGACUAUCGGAUGAUUGUAAAAUGGAAACGCAAAGGGACAUACAUACCAGAGCUAACGACGAUCUAAUAGAUUCUGGAUGCGAUCGAAUACAUCUUAGUUUUCAUUUGACGUCUAUAUACGAUCACAGUAUAUUCGAAGCUUUCAGUAAAGUUGUUCAAAAGUUAAUACCACAAUUACCAACAUUGGAAAAUUUAUUAAAUAUACUCAUAUCAAAUUCUGCAAUUGAGAAAGCAUUUCUGUUCGAUGUUGUAUCCAAAAUUUACAUUGCAACUGACAGUUCACCGGUAGAUAUGCAAAGUUACGAAUUAUGCUGCGAUAUGAUAGAUGUAGUUAUCGAUGUCUCUUGCAUAUAUGGAUUGAGAGAAGACUUGGAUGCAGCGGCAUUUGAUAAUCAAAGUUCUAGUUUAAUUAAAUUAAAUAACGGCACUAUUUUGUUCUUGCGCGAAGUGAAUAAAUUUUUAGCCUUGGUUUGCAUUUUGAGAGAGGAUAAUUUUGACAGACAAGGUGUUAUAGAUUACAAUUUCUUAUGCUUUCGCAAAGCGAUACAACAAGUAUUUGAAUUGCGUAAUAAAGCAUUAGCUGCUACUAGUGUAAAUAAUCACUCUACGUCUCCAGUUAGCAUCAAUGAAUCUUCAAGCUUGGCAGUAGUAUCACAGGGUGGAAUGAUUGGACAAAAUGGUGUCAUAGCAAUUACGCAAAGUUAACUAGAUUUUUGUCUCAUUACCGAGCUUUAUCCCUAAUUAGAGUAUUUUUAUUUUUAAAUAUAUAUAUAUAUAUAUUUUCAUUUUAUUUUAAAUGAUCUUAUCAUUAUGUACAUCUUCGAUCAUGUAUAAUUUUAUAUAUAUAUAUAUAUAUAAAUAGCUAAGGAUAU